AAGGCUCCUUAUACUUAACUCUCGAAGGCUUAAAUUUCCUGAGAAUCUCUGAGAUUGAGGUGGAAGGAAGAGCUCUUUUUCUGCAGACCUUAUGUGUUUUGGUGCAACAUGGUUGAAAUCAUUUGUCUAGUUGCUCCCUUUCUCUGCUGAAUCCAUAUGGAACACAGCACACAUAAUAGAGUACUAGGAGUUUUUACAGCAUACUUCCAUAAAGACAAGCAAGGAAUCACAGAGGGGUACCAUCAAACAGUAUCUGAGAGCACCGUAUGUAGCACACAGAAAAAAAAGACAGCAAACGUCACUUGACCUGCCAUUUGUUGGUCUCAAUGACAAGAUGCAGAAUAACUUUUUUCUUCUGGUAGGUGAAGUAAGGUAAGUAAAAUUAAUGGCACCUCACAACUUACUCCUGCUGAAAGCUGGCAUGAAUCUGUACUGCCCAUACACUUCCAAAGUGGCUACUCAAGCUAGUCACCAGUUCCAUGCAGUUAAUUGAAUGUUUACAAAACAAAGGAUCCUCUGUAAAAAGGCUGAGGAAUUCAAGACUGCUGCUAAAGUCUGAUACUCAAAAAUGUACCAUGAAAUAAGGAAAGGGCUUUGAGCUGACAUUAAAAAAACCAAACCUAUAAUAGGUGCAAUAAAAGAUAUGCUAAAACCUCUUUAAAACUGCAAAGAAACUGUAACAUAACGACUGCCUGAAACAAAAUAGGAGAGAAGAAUUAAUCCCCCAGAUAAGGUCUUAUUUAGUUUGCUUUAACAAAGUCUGUAAUGCCUAUUGCUCUGCUGUUCUAAUGAUGUAGGAUAAGACACAGGAGAUAAGAAAAGCCAAGACACUGAAAACUGUUGUAAAACUAGGUCAGUAUUAAAUUAAACAUUUUAUGAAAAAUAUAACCUACCUUGAACAACUCUGAAAACCUCUUUGCUUUUUUUUCAUGCCCUCAGCCAGACAGACACACGCUGCUGUACUGCCUUCAUGGGAAAAAGCACCAGUUUCCUGACGACUGGACAUCCCCCCUCCCCCGAACCAGCAGCUCUGUUUUUUCUUGUAAUUAACAACUACUGAAUAUUUAUGAAGUAAGUGUCACGGGGUAACACUUACUCAUUGGAUCAACAACGCUGUUGGUUUGCAAACUAAAAAGAAAACACUGGCCCUACCUCGGAGCACGGCAACCACUGACUGCAGCUGCACCAGCUUCUGCUUUUCCAAGCUUUUCAAGCACCAGGAGACGAGGAUGCUAUUGGCAGAAAGUUAGCAGUGUCUACUCUUUUUUUCAGAUGAUCACAAGGGAACAUGCUGUGCUGUGACUCUUUUUCCCCGUGUGAAGAAGCUGUUGAAAUACCCUGGAGACUCUCACUGUUGAGCUUUUGAGCGACGAGAGGCAAACAUGGCCCAAGUGUCCGCUGAUCCGAGUAGCACAGAAACUGCUGACCCAGAGGAGAGUUCUCCAAAUAUGAUAGUCUACAGAAAGAUUGAAGACAUCGUUACAAGAAUGCAGGAUGACAAAACAGGUGGAGUUCCCAUCCGCACUGUCAAGAGCUUUCUGUCCAAAAUCCCCAGUGUCGUCACCGGUUCUGAUAUUGUGCAGUGGCUUAUGAAGAACCUCAGCAUUGAGGAUACAGGGGAAGCAAUACACUUGGGAAGUCUCAUCGCUGCACAAGGUUAUGUCUUUCCAAUCUCAGACCAUGUCCUUACCCUGAAAGAUGAUGGGACGUUCUAUCGUUUUCAGGCACCAUACUUUUGGCCCUCAAAUUGCUGGGAACCAGAAAACACAGAUUACGCCAUCUAUCUUUGCAAACGGACCAUGCAGAACAAAGCUAGGCUGGAGCUGGCGGAUUAUGAAGCCGAAAACUUAGCAAGACUUCAGAGAGCAUUUGCAAGAAAGUGGGAAUUCAUCUUCAUGCAAGCAGAGGCCCAAGUGAAAAUUGACAGGAAAAAGGAUAAAACGGAAAGAAAGAUUUUGGACAGCCAGGAAAGAGCAUUCUGGGAUGUGCACAGGCCUGUGCCAGGUUGUGUGAACACCACAGAAAUGGACAUUAGAAAGUGUCGCCGUAUGAAAAAUCCACAGAAAGUGAAAAAGUCGGUGUAUGGGGUUACAGAGGAGUCUCAGCCCCAAAGCCCUGUACACAUGCCCUCCCAGCCGGUACGCAAAACUACAAAGGAAGACUUCCGGAAGCAAAUCAUUUUUCUGAAUAUGCAGAUAGAGAGACAUUGUUUAAAGAUGUCCAAAGUAGCAGAAAGUUUAAUAGCCUACACAGAGCAGUAUGUGGAAUAUGACCCUUUUAUAACUCCUGCUGAGCCUUCCAAUCCCUGGAUAAGUGAUGAUGUAGCAUUGUGGGACAUUGAAAUGAGCAAAGAACCUAGUCAGCAGCGUGUGAAAAGAUGGGGUUUCUCCAUGGAUGAGGUGCUGAAGGAUCCAGUAGGACGAGACCAGUUCCUUCGUUUCCUGGAAUCAGAAUUCAGCUCAGAAAACCUGAGGUUUUGGUUGGCUGUCCAAGAUCUCAAGAAACAGCCUCUACAGGAGGUAACCACCAGAGUGGAAGAAAUCUGGCAAGAGUUUCUAGCUCCUGGGGCCCAAAGUGCUAUCAACCUGGAUUCCCACAGCUAUGAGAAAACAAGCCAAAAUGUCAAAGACCCAGGAAGAUAUACAUAUGAAGAUGCACAGGAGCACAUUUACAAGCUGAUGAAGAGUGACAGCUAUGCGCGCUUCCUCCGUUCCAAUGCUUACCAGGACUUACUGCUGGCAAAGAAGAAGACAGAGAAUGAGCAAGGUCGUAGAACUUCUCUAGAAAAGUUCACUCGCAGUGUGGGAAAGUCUCUGGCAAGCAAGCGCCUCACGGGCCUGAUGCAGUCCUCCUGACAUCUUCUUCAGCCGACCGCCCCGUGGGAGAGACAUCUGGGACCGCUGCUGGGAACGGGGCACUUCAGGGAGAGCAGGUCCCUGCAGGGGAGAGAGCCUGAGUGACUGGAAGUGGAGAGCCACACACCAGGAGAGCACCUCUCUUCAUAGUUUACACCAACACUUUCCUGCCUGCACAGCUCCGUAAGGACCCUGAGCUCUGUGCAGGUACGUUGUUUCCAACCAAGGUUUGGAGGAGCACACGUCACUAUUCACAGGAGGUUGACAAGGCAAGGACUUGUUGUCUCAUUAUUUAAGGAAACAGAGCCAACCACAACUAGGAGACAGAAGAGCAGAGAGUUACCAGUAUUCUUAUGCAUCUCCUCUCUCCCUGGCACAAACAUGACUGUAAUAGAUGGCUCCACAAUCUCACUUGCUCCCUUUCUUGUGGCCGUCUGGAUCCAAUAAAAUAUCAGCUGGAAGCUGCAUCUCCUGCUCACAAAAUCUCAAAUGCAUUUUUCCUGCAGAUUCAUUGACUAACUUUGUUUUUCUUUCCUAUGUUUCUCCUCCUUUAAAGCAAUGGAAAAAAAAAAAAGGCAUUAUUUAAGUUCAUUGCUCAUUUCAAUCACUGCAUCCAAUAGCACGUAGCAUGUCCAGAGAUGAUGGCCAAAUCCUCAGCUGAAGUCAGGAGAGCAGGAGUGGUUUUCAUCACCUGAGGAUCUGCCCCAUUAAGUCAGACUUUGACACUGGUACAAAUCCUCUGAUGUCGGCGGAAUCGCUCUGCAUGUGCGCAUAGUGCAAAUGUGAUCAGACUCUGCCUGAUGCUCAAAAAGUCAUGUUUUAGAUGUGCAAUGCACACACAAGUACACACACACACACACACACACAUACACGUGCCAUAUUUUAAAGUGAGUUGUUUUAUAUUUUAUUUAAUUUUCUAUUUAUUUAAGCUUACGCAUACUUAAUCAAUGGUGGAUGUUCAAGCUUUACUCCAAGCAGAUCAAACUGGACUCCAGCUCCAAUCACAGAGGGCCAAAAUCAUGUACAGAGGGAAAAGCAACUCUGAUGUGGGCAGCACAACCAGCUGUGAUACCAUGCUCAGAUAACUGACCCUGCUGAGGAGCAUCAUUCUGAGUAUGAAAAGAGCUUCCACUAAAACUCAUCUGACCUAGAGCCCAUCAGUGCAACAGCAAGAGAUGACCCAGUAGCUUGUUUCAAAUUGUUGGGCAUAUAGAGGUUAGGAUGAGUACAGAACUGAAGUGACUUUAAUAAAAAACCCACUUAUGCUAGCUACAGAUAGGAAAAUGGCCUGCAUUCACAUACAGUUUAUUGUCUAUAUAUGAAAAUUUCAAGACGUAGUGCCACAAAACCUCCUGUAUUUUGCAAACAGUUCAGAUCUAAAGCAUAUGUGAAAAAGGAUGUUUCUUGGUCUUCUCUCAUGCCAAGGCAAAUUGGCUUUUUGAACAGGUGGUAGAAAUUGCUACAUGGCUACAAGUCUGCAUUCCUACCUAGGCAAACCCAUCUAGCUAAGUAGACAGGUGGCUAUUGACAACAUUCUUCUGAGGCAAGUAUUAUUCAAAUAUCUAAGGCCUAUGUAUGCACAAAAACAUGCCAGAGUAGUUUCUCUCAGAAGAAGGACUUUCCCUCUUUACCUAUGAAAGUUCUUAUUCUGAUACCUCUUUUUUUUUUCUCCCAGAAAAUUUCUAUUAUCAAUUAUACCUAAGAUCCAUACACCUGCAUGAAUGUACAGUAGAAUAUUGAGUAUGAUGUUUGUUCUUUACAUAUGCCUAUACCUUAAAAGCCUGCUGUGUGCGGCCUUCAGUCCAAAUUCAUCUUACACAUCCUACACAGAUGACAUACAAGUCAGUUCCAGGACUGCAGAACCACUGUGGAUGUGCCUGGACAUUCUUGCAGUGCUCUGCCUCUGAAGGAGACAUUUGGUUCCCUCCAAAUUGUCCCUUAGCUCUCUUUGCAGGACCCAUUUGUCCUCUGUUGUUCACCUGGCCAAAGGAUCCCCUCAGAAAAUAGCAGGUCUUCAUGUAAAAGGCUCACUUGUCCAUUCAUUCAUAUUCAUACAUGUCCCCUUAGUCAUCCCUAGGAAAAUGCAGAGGUUAGCUCUCCUCAGAGCCUUUCAGAUGGUGUUUUUAUCUCUGUCAAGCCCACCAUUGCUAUGCAUCACUGGAGCUCUGUAAACAAACAGCUGCUUGAAAUCCAAGCUAUUCUACUUCCAGUGUUGCCCAGCCUCUGGGCAUUUCCCUGGGGAGGUCUGUCUUGUGAACCCUUAAGGUGGUCUGCAGAGCAUUCUUGAGCAAGAUGUACAUAUCAAGCAUGAAACUCUGGUGUGUAGCAAGGAGUAGGGAUGGUAAAGUGUUACCAGGGAGUCUCUGCUAUGCUGAUAGAGUUCUUGACACUGGAGAGGUCACCUCCUGGGGGAAGGAGGGGUUAGCUCUGUGGAGGUAUUCCUCAGUGUCCUGCAGCAUGGGGGCACAUAUGGGCAGGACUGGAGGAUGCUGGCAGGUGAUGGGAUAGGUGGAAAUUGAGUUAUGGUCCAUGCACAGGGAGCAGAAAUGCCAGAAUUUAACUUGGAGAUGUGCUGCUGCCCUGUGAGCAAAGCGCCCUGCUCUGCCUUUUGGCUUCCUUCCUGCAGGAUGGUCAUGUUGGCUGCCACAGUAUUUUGCCUAUGGGGAAUACUCUGUGUUUGAACAGUUGAGUGCAAGGAGGGAAUUCUUAGAGACACGGAGAGCAUGCAUAUGGGCGUGCAUCAGGGGGCCUGGAUGCUGAACAGCUUGCCAUUUAAAUGCACACUCGUGCAAGCUAAUCUGCUCAGUAAUGGCUAGCUGAGCGGACAGAGCUGCAUAUUCUCUAGAGGGAAGAAAGCUCUGCUCCUCAUUUCCUGACUAAAUUUCUCCAAAACAAACAUGCAAGUAGACAAGACCUCCUCCUGGGAACACAUAUGAACUGUUCUUCACGUGUCUUUUACUUCACAUAUGGUGAUACUAACAUGUAACUACUUCCACAUGAACCGCAUCCUUGAAUUAUUGCUUUUUAAUGACAUUGCUUAUUCCAAGUGAUGCUAGUGUUGUACAUCCAGCAGUAUCCCACUGAGCAUUGCAAGCAGUAAUCUGCUGCUUAGUAAGUGUCCCAUGUCUUCCAACUACCUCAUCGGGUUGAAGAUGAGUUAGGAAAUCAGCUUUCCACCUCUGCUUAUGUUCUAAAUGGCACUGUUGCAAGGAAAGACAGUCUGGAAAGCUUUUACAAUGUCGAUGCAGUGCAACGGUGUUACAAAGCUUCCCAUACUUACGGGGCUAUGGCUGUGAAAUAUGGCUGUACACUGUUAUUUGGAUAAUAGAGUAUCCAGAGUAUUUGUGGCUAUUGUGGCAAAACAGCACCCAGAACAAGCACUAGUGAGGUUUGACAAGCCUGUGCAGACAGCGUUAGGCUAAAGCAAAUGGAUUAAUGUACUCUCAGUAUAACUCAGCACUAAGAUCCCAUAGAGUACUGUAAUAAAAUGGUAGCAGGGCAGCCAUAAAAAGUGACAGUAAGCUGACAUAAUAAUACCAGAAUAAAUGUAGCAAUAAGGUAACACAGGCCGCUGCAGUAAAGUAGCAUUUUGAUAAUGCAGCAAUAAGACACGACAGGAUGCUGCAGUAAAUUAGUUUGGGGAAUAAGACAGUAAUAACAGUGUGUGUGGACAAACAGUGGUACAUUUUACCAGGUACUGCAGCAAUAAAGAUAACACAUGAUGCCCUAGUAAUAAGUUACUACAGUAACAACAACAUGAUGCACUGUAAAGUUAUAUCAGGAUGCUUCCAUGCUGCAGUCAAAUCCUACAAGAGGUGGUAGAGAGGCAAUGAAGACAAAAUAUACCCCAUUUUGGACUGCAAAACUUGAAUCAGUUUUCUGCACAAUUAUCUCAGCAAUACCAAUCCUGUCAUUCCCCACUUUCAAGGAAGCUGAGGCUAGAUUGUUCCCCCAUCCAGACUAUUAUUUUGGUCUGAAAAUACAAAGUUGACUCAUUGUCUUUUCAGCCAAAUUGUCACAGACUGUGGUGAAGUUCUUUGUUUAGUCCUACUCACGUGAAACCCUGGUGGUUUUGGUAAGUCCUUUGCCUUGGAAAGGAUUUGGCUUUCUCAUCUUCUGGCAUGGGUGAUGCUUUUAGCCUAAAAUUAUUUCUGUUUUGGGUGGGGGAAGGGGAACCCAGGUACAGAACAUCUGACUGUACUAGUCUGUUUCCUGAAAUGCACAAAUAAAUUGAGCAUCCUGGAAAAGUUUAAGCAACAAGGACCAAAUCUGUUCUGUCUGUUCUGCACUUAAGCACACAAGAAUAAUCCUCCUGGAAUCAGUGCAAGCUCUGGAUGCAUCCAUGGGCCUAACCCUGUUCUCAGUGCCUCCAGUAGAGUGACAGAAGUAGUGUGCCUUCUGAAGUUUUAUUUUUAUAAUAUUCUCUCCUUUCCUGCCUUUUUCUUUUUUUUUUUUUUUUUUUUAAUUUAACCUCACCCUGUGUACGAAAUGGCCUUAGAAAAAAUUAGUUUACUAUAACACAAUAUGCAGCAUGGUGGGCAAGGAAUAGGUCUGUCCAUUUGCUGUCUUUGUACCCUUCAGUAGAGGGGUAAACCAUUCUGUAAAAUAACAACUCAAUAAUUAUCAGGCAUAAGGGUUUAGCCAAAGCAUCAACAGCAAGACUUGAAUUUCAUGUAUGUUCUAGAUAACAAGAUGGUUCUCCUGGGAAAAGGACGUAAAUAGGGCACCACUGCAGACUCUUGACCAGCAGGAGCAGCUCACAGCUCACUCUGGCUCCUGCAGCCAUUCCCAACAGAUACAAGUUUUCUCUCACAUCUCUCUGACCCUCUGCACAACAACUUUGCUAUCCCUUUAUGUGGUUUCCUCUCUCUAGCUGACUGUUCAGUUCAAGUUUGGAGCAGUGCUCUAAUACACCUUGGUUUGGCUCUUCCCUUAACUCCUUGGCUUGCUUUUAUUGUGGUUUAAUGAUUAAGCAGGAUUAUUUAAGCAGAGCUCACAGUAGGAUUGAGAUAGGCUAGGUUAUCAUGAUAUUUGACUUUUAAGCUGUGAGCAAUUUUGCAGCUUCUCAACACUGUUUAUAACCUGAGCCAGAGAACAAGCGAGGUGGCUGCUCAGCAGAACAGUGAGCUGGUGAACAAUACACUAUCUUCAUGCCCACACAUACUUUAAAGUUACUGGUGAGGAGAAAUGCUUUGUAGUGAGAAAAGUAAUCUCACGGCAGGGGAGAGGCAAACCUGAUCAACUUUUUCACAUGAUACAGAUUUUGCUUUGCCAGCCCCUAGCAUCUGCAAAGCUCAUAGCUAAGAGCCAGCAACCUUCUAAUCCUGCUGCUAAGCUUUGGAAACAAGCUUUUCAAAGGCUGUCUUUACACAGCAAUGCUAUUACUUGAAGCCUUUUAAUGUGAAUUUAUGCCUAUUGCCACAAGUGUCAGUGUAGUUGCCCUCUAUGUUUGCAAUAAUGUAUUCACCCCAUGUACAGGGUGGAUGUUAGUGGGCAGAAUUUAGGGAUUUACCAGUGCAUUCCUGUCUGGACACCCAGAAGACACACUGAAACAUCUUGUGUGGCAGAGGACAGCUCUGCUGGGGACAAUGGCAUUGUUCCUUGGAUAUUGCUGUCAGGAGAGAUACUGAACUGAGCUUCUCUCCCUCAUCUUUGGGGACUUAAACCAUGCCAUCCUUACAUAAAUAGUAGGUGACAGCUAGCCCUGACCAGCACCCUCUGUGGGUGAACUAAGAAGUCCUCGUGUGGACCAAGGUUUCAGGAGUAGUUGUUUCCUUUCGGAUCCUCAACAGUAUUUCUCACAUCCAUCCACGUGCACGUUAUUCCUGCAUGAUACAUAGCUUCACAGCCCAAAACCAUGAGUGUCUGUUUCUUACCAUGGUUCAGCUGAGCCCCUUGCUGCUUCGAUUAAGGCACACCAGAUAAAAAUUUCAAAUUAUGUUUUAUACAACACAUAAUUUACCAUAAAAGCAGUGGGAUUCUAAUAUCUGCUCUUUGGGGGUCAUUCGGGGUCAAACAAGGAACUGUGGGAUCUUCCUCCGCAAAGGAAAACUUCUGAAGGCCUCCUGCCCCUGUGGUGU